UGUACUAAAAUAUGAGUAUUUGUAAUUUUAUUAGGAAUUGAAAUAUGAAUCGUAAGUAAAUUAUUUUUCAAAUAUGUUCCAUAUAUGAUUAAAUUCAUUUAUUGUUAAUAAAUUUUCAUUUUCUUGCAUAUUUGGUUAAAUCGGUACGUAAUGAUCAUAUAUCGCUGAUCAAAGUAUUCUACCUGCUAAACCGGCCAAAGAAGUUUGUUCACUGUGACAAGGUAUACAAAGAGAACAUAGCCCAUACAUGUCUAUGUGUGUAUAAAAUAAAGGGCUAAGAUCAGGUGACUGGGGGGUCCCUUAGUCACAUGACUAAGUCAAUCUCCACCCUUGCACCUCAUUAGAAUCCAAUGGCUCAUAUUAAUCCAAUUUAAUAAAGGACAAUAUAGUAAUUGCAUGAUUAUUUAAUUUAUUAAUUUAUAUAAUAAACAAAGAAAAAUAAAUUUGUCCGUUGCUACCUUCCGACUUCCGCGGUUGCCCCGGCCGGAAAAAUUUCCCGGCGACUCCUCUAACCGGCGGCGUCUCCUCUGUCCAUUUCUAUUAAUGGUUGCUGUAAAUGAAAUGUCCCAGGUGAGAGAGAGGGUGGGAUUUUUAAUCCCCCACCCAUUGAUCUGUGCGGCCAGAGAGAGAGAUAGAGAGAGAGAUUUUGUAUUGUUAGUAUGCUUUGUAUUGUUUGUCGGUUUAUUUUGUAAUGUUUGUACGCUUUGUUAUUUUGUAAUGUUUGUCGGUUUUUUUUUGUAAUGUUUGUACGCUUUGUUAUUUUGUAAUGUUUGUCGGGUUUUUUUGUAAUGUUUGUAAACUUUGUUAUUUUUGUGUACCGUGUUUAUCAUUUUGUCAACCAUGUUUGUAAUAUUUUUUAUGACUAAAAAACAACCUGGUUGACUUUUGGAUGGAACUCCUCUAUAUAGGGAUGGAGCCUCCAAAGUCAACCCGGGUGUUUUUUCCAGUUCGUAUGGAUUGUCGGUCUAGUUUGUCAUUUUUGUCCACCAUGUUCGUAAUGUUUGUAUGUCUACAAAACAACCGGGUUGACUUUGAGACGGAGCCCUCUAUAUAGGGAUGAAGCCUCCAAAGUCAACCCAGGUGUUUUUCUACUUUGUAUGAAUUUUUGGUCUAGUUUGUCAUUUUUGUCCACCAUGUUUGUAUGUCUAAAAAACACCCGGGUUGACUUUGGGAAGAAGCCCCUCUAUAUAUGGAUGGAGCCUCCAAAGUCAACCCGGUUGUUUUUUCUUUUUGUAUGGUUUGUAUUGUUUGUCAGUCUAGUUUGUAUUGUUUGUACAGUUCAUACGUUUGUAAUGUUUGUAAAUCUGUUUGUAUGUUUUGUCGCUCUAGUUUGUACUGUUCGUAUGUUUGUAUGGUUUGUACUGAUUGUAAAUCUAGUUUGUAUACUUCGUAAUUUUCCAUAAUACCCAAACUACCCCUGUCAUUAAUUAAAUAGCUCUUCCCACUUUUUAACCAUUGGAUUGAAGUGUCCAGAUCUAAUGGCUAGAAAGGGCUUAGUCAAGUGACUAAGGACCCCAUAGUCAUGGGAUCCGUCCUCUAAAAUAAACCCACGUUCCCUCCCCGUUCGGACGAAACGGCCGGCCGGCCAGCCCUAGUUUGACUUCAAGAGGCGGGCUGAACAUGGAGUGUUUUUCCUUUGUAGUUGCCAAACCGUAACAACUUCUACAACUGUGGAGAAACUGAUGAGAAUGAGAAGCACUACUAGCUAGCUAGAGCCUAGAGUAUAUUAAAAAGGCUAAAAGGAGAUCCAAAUCCACGCUGACCUCACCGAAACACCGAAAAACAUUUUAAAAAAAAAACAUGGCACAUUCUUCUCCUCCUGCGUUCAUCGUUGUUGGACUACUACUACUAGCAGCACCACUGAUCAUAUACGUAAGCGGGGCGACUGCUGGAAGACUUGGAGCCGACGAAGGAGCGGCCGCGGCGCCACAUUUCUGCUCCGGCCCUCCGGCGCGUGAUUCCAACUGGCCGUACUACGUGGCCCAAGUUCUUUCUGCGUUGGAGACAACAACUCCCAACCGUCCGACGCUCUCUUACAACUGCGGCUACCCGGCUUACGCUACUGGCAACCCCGGCGGCUCCGCGAUUUGUCACACGGCAGACAUUGCAGACUGCGAGCAGUGUCUUUCCAACCUCAAGGCACAGCUCGAGCUCUGCAAAAAUUACUCCGGCGGAGGACUUGACCGUAUUGAUUGUAACAUGAUGUUCUGGGAAAUCCCGUGAUUUUUCUUUCAAUAACACGCUGCUGCGAUCGCGUAUGCAUUUCCCGCAGGCGGGGGGGAAUGGGUUUCAGUACUGAGGUCCAUUAAUUAUUAUCCAAGUGUUUAGCCCAACAGCUUUUUAUUCAGGCCCAUACCUCUUGUCAAAUUCGAGUCCACUUGGCACUUGGUUCAUAAUUAACAAAGCGCACAAGUCUUCAACUUAUACCCAAACUAUGAAAAAUGUUCACUUGGCCAACCGGAUCGAUGAGCCCGAGUCUAGUUCUAUGAUUAACAUAUGUGCAUAAUUUUGAGGAUUACAUGGGAAUCCUUGUCGUUCGAUUUCUCCCCCUCUGUCAUUGUAGAGCCAAGUGCAUGUGUUUCUUGAGCUAUUGAAAUCCUCGUCGAUUCAACUCUUUUGUGGAUUAGUCUCUAUCAUUGAUGAUACCACUUUACCUCUGUGUUAUUUUCUUUUGCUUUUGUAUUUUUGAUAUGGAAAAUCCAACCUUAUGUUACUUGCUUGCAACCUUCUUAAAGACCUCCACAACUGGAUUGUGAGAAAAUGGUUUGAACUAUAUACUUGGACUUUUUUCCACAACCUGAGUCAUUUUGAUAGAGUGAUUGUCAAUAAUAUAAUGCAGAGUAUCAAAACCUAUAACCAAUAAUAAAGGACCUUGUAUCCAAAUAUCUUGUCAACCUCUUUAUAUGUAAAUUCAUGAAUUGACUUUUAUUUGAGCAACGCAAUAUGUAAGAAAAAAUUGUAGUAUAAGAUUCAGCGUUAGACAAUGCUUAACACAUCUAGUUGAUUUAAGUACAAUGUACGAUGGACUUAUGUGAACUCCGAUCUCAUAAGUUCGUUUGAAAUGACAUGUAAGAAAAUAGUUAAAAUCCUUACAUGGAUCUCACAUCUCCCAACAACUCAAAGUACUAUUUGGACCAAACAAUUUUCAACAACCAACUAUUGAUAAUUAACUAGAAACAGAGCCAGAGAAAAAGGUACACAUAUAUAUACCUACAUUAUCUAAUCUGCAAUGUGAAAUGUGUCACCCCUAAUUUGAAUAUUCUUUCGAGGGACCUAACACAAAGUAAACAUUGCUUACUAUUCUAUCAUUUCAAUUCAACCUUUGCAAUGCUUUCAGAUCCACCAGUGCCUUUUAGUUGAAUAUGCGAUCGUAACAGGCGAAAACAGGAUGGCCGCAGAGAAGAAAAAGCUUUGGUGUACAAAUAAUGGUCAUUACUACAAGAAUACAACAUCAACAAGCUACCAAAGCUAGUCUUAAUUCGCCAUGAAUUGCAUGACCAGAAAUGCAGCCAGGGAAGCCGACUAUAUACGUGGAAUAGUUUCAAUUGAGUGUCAAAAUCAACCCAUCUAACUCCCGCCACAGAGACAUUAAAAGGUCAAUAUGAUAAUUAAGAAAAAUACGACCACGAGAUAUGUUGUAUAGUAUUAGCCGACCAUGAUUCAUGAAUCAUGAUGGAUUCAUGAUAUUAUCCACUUUUUUUUGUUGGUAGAAAUAUUCCAAUUUUGAUCAUGAUCUGCUUAAAAUGUUGAAAUCAUACAUUUCAUAUUUAUUUCACAUCAUCUUUAAUAAUUGUUUACACAUGAAAACAUUAUUUUUCCCAUAAAAAAAUUAUUAUUAUUAUUAUUAUUAUUAUUAUUAUAAUAGUAUCUAAAUUUUUUGUACAUGAUACAGAUAUGCAUCUUCAAGACCGCAAGGAAGAAGUAUAGUAACAUCUAAAUUUUUAUAACAUCACCGUUAUAAUAUUUAUGAAUCUCAUUCACUCGUGUACAUAUAGUGAAAACACACGAGCCAUACCAUAAGCAGACAAUAAAAAACAACAUAUUUGUAAGGAAAGAAAAACACUGUACAUUU